GAGAUGGGACGUCAUGAUGAUCUUUGGUCUUUGUUUUACAUGUUGGUGGAGUUCGUGGUUGGACAACUGCCCUGGAGGAAAAUUAAAGACAAGGAGCAAGUAGGCUCUAUAAAAGAGAGGUAUGAUCACCGGCUGAUGCUGAAACAUCUCCCUCAAGAAUUUAACAUCUUUUUAGAUCACAUUUCUUCUUUAGACUAUUUUACUAAACCUGACUACCAGCUUCUCAUGUCCGUUUUUGAUAACAGUAUGAAGAAUUUUGGGGUGACAGAGAGCGAUCUGUUUGAUUGGGAAAAGAGUGGGGCUGAUGGUUCUCUUACCACCACCACCACUUCAACUACUCCUCAGCUACAUACUCGACUGACCCCAGCUGCUAUAGGAAUUGCCAAUGCUACACCAAUACCAGGAGAUUUAUUACGAGAGAAUACAGAUGAAGUAUUUCCUGAUGAACAACUCAGUGACGGUGAGAAUGGUAUCCCUAUUGGAAUCUCACCAGAAAAGUUACCAGAGUCUCCUGGACAUCGUCUUCAGGAAAAGGAUGUGUGGGAAGAAAUGGAUGCUAACAGGAAAAAGAUUAAAUUGGGCAUCCAUAAA